AUGAUAGUGCCGUCACUGCGCCAGCUGCUGGGCAUGUGGAGGGACAGGUUCGGCUACAUGCCCCUGACCCUAUCAGAGGCAGAGGCGCUCGACAAUCGCAUCGUCUCCCCUGACACCGACUCUGCCCAGCUGCUGAAGAAGUGCCUGGCACCAAGUAGUGCUCCUGCGCCCCAGACGCCCCACAGAACUCUGCGCUCCGGCCGAGCCCAAGAAAUCAACAGCCUGCAGCAGGAACCCGAGCAAGGCCGUGACAUGCCCGGGCCAUCCCCCUGCCAAGAGAAGCUACCCGAAGCUGCCGCGCCAGUUCCUGCACUUCCUGCGGCGAAGAACGAGCCAGAGCAGCGCAGUUCUGCUGCCAUCACACCAGACAGCACUGGCAAGAGCGAGGCCACUGCAGCCAUCUCUCUCGCAGGCAGGUCCGAGUCAGCGGGCACCGGUCGUGGGCAUGCCUGUCAGCCCUGCAAGGCCUCAGGUGCCUGCAGGGACUCAGCCGCAGACACCUGCGGUCGUCAGAUGCCCAUGAUGGCUCCCAGGCCAAAUCUGCAGCAGCAACAGGCCCAGCAGGAUGCCUUCAUCGCACGGGGGAUUGCAAUGUCUUUGCGGCAGUAUGUCAAAGGAUUUCACGAAGAGUUGCUGCAGAAGAAUGAAGCCAUGGCCAAAGAGCUUGCAAGGUUGCGCCAGGAGAAUGAGCAGCUCAAGUACCAAGCCAGGGAGGCCAGCAGGCAAAGCGCAGUUCCGCAGCAGGCAGAGCCCACAACAGUCACCCAGCCAGAUCAGGACGCGCGCGCAUGCAUGCUGCCCUCCCAUGUAGGCCAGCCAAAGCCGCACCUUGAGGGGAAGGCGCCUGCCACUGAAGCAGCAGCACCGGCCACUGCCACUCCAGAUCUUCCAGCAGAAAGGCUCGACAUGGCAACUCCGCAGGCAGCCUCUGCAGCAGCUGCUGAGGGCUGUGGCCUGCCAACGCAUGGCCACUCCAGAGGCGUUCCAAUCGGGCUCGAGUGCCGCAGCAGUGGCACGAUCUGUGAUGGUUCAGCCCGCGAACAAGUCUUCCCACCUGACCCCAGCUCUCCGCCAACAGAGUCAGCCUCUGUGGAGAAGCCCAGCGAUGCCGACUCAGAAGAGCAAAAGCAGCCAGACAAGAUCAUGGUCGACGCUGCAGCGGCUGUCGAUCUGGCCUUGAACGAGGCAGCGCAGGGCGCGGCAGCAAGCAGCAGAGAGCAGCUGGCAACGCUCACAGCAACCAGGGAAGCUACCCUGCCGUCAGCUGCAUGCAUCCACAACAUGCAUGCGACGCUGACAGAGGCGUACAACAGCGGAUUUGGCUCGCAGUGCACCGCACCAGACGAACAGGUAUUGGACAGUCUUGAGCACAUGCAGGAAGACGGCUCAGAUGCCGCCAUGACAGCGAGCCAGGAAAGGUGCGAGGAAGGGUGCGGCAGCCGGCAGGAAGCUGACAGGGCUGCGGAUGGGGCUGAAGGGGCAUCGUGCCGGCCUGAUCAGGCAGCAGGCGGGGUGCAUGCAGCGGUCAGCGAGCCUGGUCAGGCAGCGGAGGAGCUGCAUGACAAGCUGGGCUCGGUGGUGGCCCUGGUGUCGGCUGUGUGCGGCAGCUUCAGCCCCCACGAGACUGCUGGCGCCCUGCUGCAAAACCUCCAGGGCGUGCUGGCUGAGAUCCAGCAUGACGCUGCUCAGAUUGCACUCCAGCUAUCAAGCGCAGAGCCAGCCUCCCAGGUGCCUGCCGCGCAGCCAGCUGGCAUCAGCCAAGAUGAUGACAUAACAACAGCAGCACCGUGCACCAUGGAAGCAGACUCGCAAGCAGCGAUGCAGCCGGACGUAGAUGGCGUGGCGACUCUCCAGCCUGCUGAUAGCUUCAAUGGCCAAACUGCACCGGCAGGUGCCCACAGCAGCGCAGAGGGCAGUGAGCAUAAGCAGCAGGAAGAGGUCACCACAGCAAAGGCAGCAGUGGCGCAGUUCUCUGGCGAUGCAAGCGGACCGAAGCAGGAGCCGGAAAAUUGGCAGCCGCGGCUGCGGCCAAAGGCCCAUAGCGCUGCGGGGAGGGCGGCCGCGUCAGCGCGAACGUCGCCACGCAGCGCCGGUGUGAAGGGGAAGAGCGCUCCGCACUCGUGGCCGAGCGCCAUGCGGCGCGCCGUGAAGUCAGUUUUCUCCCUCGGCACCGCCAGGCUGGUGCCACGUCAGCGCACACCUCUGCAGCAGGCGGCCAGCAAAGCAGCAGAGGAGCAUGCAGAUGACAAGGGCACACGCCAUGCAGAAGAGAAGAGUGCUCCCUUUGCACCAGUUGCACCAGCAGCCACCAAGACGGAGAACAUCCUGGGCGCAGCAGAGGCGCGAAAACCAGGUAAAGCUGCUGCAGCCGGCCUGCAGGAUGAGAACACUGCGCCCCAGCAGCGGUCCCAGGAUACCUUUGACACCAAGCUGCAGGCGAGUGACCAUGCAGAUGAGUCAGCAGAGGCCCUGGUUUGCGCAGCGGCACCCACCACUGCGCCGCUGUCCCCCAGAAGCAUGCGCAGGGAGAAUGCAGGGGACCCACAGACAGCAGAGGUUGCAGCACAGCCACAGACAGUACACUUUCCGAGCCAGGCAGACACGAUGGACUCCAUGCAGCAAGCCACCACCACUGCCCAGAGGACUCAGCUGCUGUUUGACUCCCUCAAGAAGCCCCUGCUGCCAGGAUCAGCCAAGCGCAAGGCACCGGGAGAGGACGGCAGCUCUGCGGCCUGGGAGUGGGCGGUGCCCUUCAAGCAGCAGAGGACAUUGGAUGCCAGCAGCUUGCCCUCUGCGCAGGAUGCAUCCACAUGUGUCAGGCAGACAGACUCUGGACAACAUGAUGACUUCGAGGGUCAAGUCAGCAUGGAGGUAGCAUUGCAGCAGACGGCAAUGUUCUGCAGUCAGCUGGGGAGCUCUUGGGAUGACUAG